CUUGGGCAAGGAGGGCUGGGGCGGCUCCACGGCUCCGAGCGGGAGUGAGGAGGCCGGACCCCUCCGCCUUCCCUGCGGACGUCGCCCCUCUGGAGAGCAGAGCAGCACCCUGCAGCCUCGCUCGGGUGCUGUCGGCUUCCGUCCUGGCUGCGAAGCCGACCAGUAGUGUCCGCCUGCAGACUAGUACUGUUUGGUGCCCGCGCGCAUGUCUGCAGGUGGCUUGGCGGCUGGAAAGGGGUCACUCCGGGCGGGCCAGAAGGGGGCGUGCGCGGGGCUAGGCGGCCCAGCACGCAUGCUCCGAGGGGCGGGGCCUCGGCGGCCUACAGCCGGCGUGUGGCGCGGCGCAGGGGCGUGGCGGGCCGGGACGCGCGGGAAGUGGUAGCGGCCUACGGGCCUGGUACCUGGGGCACUCGCCUGUCCUCCCGCCAUGGCCCUGUCGGUGCCGGGCUACUCGCCCAACUUCAAGAAACCGCCGGAGGUCGUGCGGCUCCGACGGAAGAGGCCCCGGGACCGCGCCGCCGUGUCGGAGCCCGCGCUCCGCCGCGCCGCGCUGGCGGCUGGACUGCCCCUUCGCCCCUUCCCGACCGCGGGCGGAGGAGGCGGCGCCCCCACGGCAGCCCGCAGGAACCCCUUCGCCCGCCUGGACAACCGGCCGCGCGUGGCCGCCGAUCCCCGCGAGGAGCCAGCCGUCGGCCAGCAGGAAGCUGCGGGCCCGCUUUUAGAUUCUAAUCAAGAAAAUAAUUUGAUGUGGGAGGAGGCAUUGCACGAAAGAACAACUGCCACCGAACUACCUCAGACUCAACACAUACUCUCGGAAUCAGAUACUGCAUCUUCAGGCAGUACUGAGUUACCUGUGGACUGGAGUAUUAAAGCCCGACUCCUUUUCACUUCGUCUCAGCCCUUUACCUGGGCAGAUCAUUUGAAAGCACAGGAAGAAGCUCAAGGUCUUCUCCAGCAUUGUAGGGCAACGGAAGUAAAUUUGCCUCCGAGUAUACAGGACCCCAAACUCUGCAGUGAGCUACGCUGUGCCUUCCAGCAGACCCUUGUCUACUGGCUCCACCCUGCCUUCUCUUGGCUACCACUGUUUCCUCGGAUUGGAGCAGAGAGGAAAAUGGCUGGAAAGACAAGCCCUUGGUCAAACGAUGAAACAUUGCAGCACAUUUUAAUGAGUGACUGGUCUGUGAGCUUUACUUCUCUGUAUAAUCUGCUGAAGACAAAACUUUGCCCCUAUUUCUACGUUUGUACUUAUCAGUUCACUGUCCUGUUCCGAGCAGCAGGAUUAGCUGGAAGUGAUGUGGUCACUGCGCUCAUAUCUCCUACAACUAGAGGGUUAAGAGAAGCUAUGAAAAAUGAAGGUAUUGAAUUCUCUCUGCCUUUAAUAGAAGAAAGUGGCCAUAAGAAGAAAGUGCAUGGAACAACCUUGGGACAUGAGGAGGAGCAAGCAUUCAGUGAUGAAGAUGAAGAGGAAAGUUUUUCUUGGCUAGAAGAGAUGGGUGUGCAAGAUAAAAUUAAAAAGCCAGACAUAAUCUCUAUCAAGCUACGUAAAGAGAAACAUGAAGUACAGAUGGAUCACAGACCUGAGUCUGUUGUAUUGGUGAAAGGAGUGAACACCUUCACAUUGCUCAAUUUCUUGAUCAGCUGCAAGAGUUUAGUUGCUACCUCAGGUGCACAGGCAGGACUUCCACCAACCCUUUUAUCCCCUGUAGCUUUCCGAGGUGCCACAAUGCAGAUGCUUAAGGCACGAAGUGUUAAUGUAAAGACACAAGCUCUUUCUGGAUACAGAGAUCAAUUUAGUUUGGAGAUCACAGGUCCAAUCAUGCCUCACACUCUACAUUCUGUGACCAGGCUACUCAAGUCUUCACAAAGAGGAUCAUUCUCUGCAGGACUAUUUCCACAUGAGCCAACUGCUGUAUUCAAUGCCUGCCUGCCACUGGAUAAAGAACUGGAUAAAGAAGUUGCUCUUAAGGACCUUGCUAACUGUGGGUUGCACCCUAAGACUCUGGAGCAGCUUACUCAAAUACCAUUAUUGGGAAAAUCAUCUUUACGGAAUGUGGAAAUGAGUGACUACAUUUUUAAUUGGAGAUCCUGAACACCAAAGUAAGCGUAAAAGGAAUCUUUGAGGAAAAAGACUUCCUAACAAGGAAAUUCAAGAUUCUUAGGUCUUUGGUUUUAAACCUCAUUUUGGAAGAAUAUACUUUAAAAUACUGAAAUGUUUAUAAACUUAUUACAUGCAAUAUAGCAUUAAGAUUUUAGAUCAACAUUUUGCUUUUAUUUUCAUACUAUGAUUUCAGAUAUGAUGGCAAGCUGUUCCCUUAAGCCUUAGAUAUCCUGAACGAGAACUCUAUCCCUACAACUUAAUUGUAAUCCGAGGAGAAAACUGAAUUAAAGUCAGUGUUUCAUUACAGAUGAGAGGCUGAGGUGAAAUGUAGCAUUGAGACUUAUGCAUCAGAGCAGAAGUGCUUUAACAGUGUACCUAAGACUAGACUAGUAUUUCCUACAGUUGCAAAGCUGACUGCUGUUGCUUCUACCUUAGCAUUUUUGCUACUGAUUUAUAAUUCCUCUAUUCUGAAGUUGUACUUAAAUUUGUUAAUUCAAAUGAUAGGGUAUUUUGUACUUUAUACUCAAUACAGUUCAGCCAUCAUGGCAAAUUCAGCAUG